AUGACGACGACGGUGGAGAAGCUGUUGGUGCAGAUCUUCGAGCGGAAGAAUGGGAUUAUCGAACUAGUCAAGCAGCGAACGGAAUUGUACAACCAACACCUUACUUCUAAACUCCUCAUUGAUGGGAUUACCCCUCCUCCUUGGCUUUGGAACCCUACCGAAUUCUCAGAUCCAAAAGAGCUGAAUAAAGAAGAGCUGAUUUCUGAACUUCUACUUCCACAUCCCCAACCUGGAGUUGGUUUCUCUACUGAUCGUUUCUCCCUGUACGAAAACCUAGUCAGAGAAAAUCAUGGAGAGAUUUCUGAUGGACUUUUCACGGAAAAAGGUUUCAAGGCACAGGAUGCGCCAAUGGUUGCAACUGUCAGCAAUGAGAAUCGUGCUCAGUGUACCCCAAAUGGGCUUCCUGAGCUAGAUGUUAUCAGUACCUCGCCUGUGGACGAGACAGAUGAAAUGCUUUUAAAUAUUUAUUAUGCACCAGAUCAAUCACUAGCUAGAUUUCAGAGGUCAAAGUCUAGACAACAGGCUCUUGAGCAUCGGAGCAGUGCAAAGGCACAAGCUAAGAGUUGCUUAAGCCAUGAGAAUGACAGCGAUGUUCCUCCUAGCAGCAUUAGAUUAUCUAUUUCUGCUUCCAAUCAGAAUGACGAGGCUUCAAAAUUGGCUGAACCCCGCGAUAUCAAUCGCCAAAGUUAUGGGGACUGGGAUUUGGAUCAAGCAAAUUGUCAAAGCAAGGAAAAGGGGAUGAAUAUUGACCUUGGUACAACUACUAGGUCUAGAAGUUCUAACGAAGUCCCAACUUUUGUCAGUGAUUCUACUGCCGAUGCUGAAGCAGGCAGUUCCUGUGAUGACGCCAAAGCAAGCAAAACAAGAUCAAGGUCUAUAUAUGUUUCUAUGCAGGAUGACCGUGUUAAUGAGUUUUCGAUGGCCGAACCAUUUGCUAGCAGUUGUCAAAGUUGUGGAGAAAUGGAACUUGAUAAAAGAGAUUGUCAAAGCAAGGAAACACAUAUCAAUUCUCACACUAGUGCACAUGCUAGGUCUAGGAGUUCUGGUAAACCUCAAUGUUAUGCUAAUGAUUCUUCGAUUACAAAUUUCUCUUCUGAUGAUAUUGACAGGAUGGAUAAUAACAUAGUAGAUCCCAUGGUUAAGUUACACAUAGACUAUGUUAAUGGGUCAGUUGUAUCAAUUAGUUCUUCUAAUGGUCCUACCGAAAGUUUCAAGGCCCGAGAAUCAAUGUUAGAAGAUGGGAAAAGGCACAAGGAAAAGAGCGCUGAUCUUUCCCGCAAUAGGAUCACAAGAUUCAGCAGAUCUGGUCAACAGAAUCCUGGUAUAGGUGCGGAUCUGGAUUUGCCUUCUCACUCUGCCAAGGCCGAUUGUAGAAUGCUUGCUCUGACAGUUGGCUCAUCAAUGGAACAUCUUAACGUAUCUAAUGAGGUUUUGGGGUUGGUUGAAACUUCUGUUGGGUUGGUUGGUAGAGUGACUAUGUCUCAGACUAGGUCGGGUGACAAAAGCAUAACAGACCCUGUCAAUAGAUCUAAUAGUUCUGGUCAGGGGGGCACAGAUGAUCAGAAUGCUUCAGGUGGUCAAAUAGUCCUGCCUUGUGGUGAAACCCAUGAUGUUGUUCCCUUGAAGGGGAAUGCUGAAAUUCUUGUGGCUAAUGACCUUGUUUCACUUGAUCUUGUUGGAGAACAGUCUGUGAAUUCCAGUCUUAGUGACGCCAAGCGAAGAAGAGAAUUGGAGUGUCUUGUUGCACGGGCUCCCUCUGAUUGUUUUAUGGUUGUGAAGCCAAAGCAACUUGAUUUUGAUGACAUGGAAGAGAACAACUCAAAUGAAACCUCCACUUCUAUUCCAAGAAAGAUAAUACUUGACAGCUCACCAGUAAAUAUAUGUUGUUCUUUGUUAGAACAUGAACUAUCACUAGAUAAAGAUUUUUCUUGUGAUAUCAACCAAUUAUCUUCACAUAAGAAGUCAUUAGAAACAUUGGAGGUCUCAAACAAAGGAAAGGAAGAUUGCAGGGGUUCUAUUGAAUCUGUACAGUUGACCGUUAAACUCUAG